GUGUGGUCACUGUGUCGUGUGGGUAGUUCUUGAUAUCACGAGGCCCACUUUAUCUCUUUCCGACGAGAUAUCUCAAGUUUUGAUGUGGCAAAGGGGAAACUUUGCAAGAAAACCAAGUUUAUAUUUGCCUCGCGAAAAGUAGUCUUACUCCCAAUGUUCCAAACUGCGCGCUAAAUGAUCACGUUUUUUCGCGUAUUUUUUUUUUCUUUUGAACUCGCGCGACGGACUUCGCCGAAAAGGAGGGACUGCUGGUAUUAUAAUUUCGCUCUCGUCACGAAGUAGGAACCUCGCUGUGCUCUGGUUUGUACGUCAUAACUUCAGAAAAAUAUUUUUGCGUCUGUUCCUCUCACUCAGUUCAUAUUUUCAUUCAGUGGAAUGUCCCUAUCUGAAUGCACAAAUAUUUCAUUAAGUAUUACAAUGUUUUUGAAAAGGCCGUACGAGAGGUAUUCUAUGAGGCAUUCUCAGACCUCACUUUUGUUUAAAAUAUACUUGACCAUUCCAUUGAAAGAAAAUUUCCAUUUAGGCUACAACUACUAAAAAUAAUUUGAAUGAUAACGAUUGUAGUAUAUGUUAUGACAGUAAUUAGAUGAAAGAACUUGAGAUCAUUUGAGCGCUCGCGAGGGGCCGGCCAAGCUGCAAUGGAUGGCAAUUAAUCGUACUUUUUUAAUGGUUUGACCAAGAUUUAAGGGAUCAUUUGAUGUUUUGUGACAAGAAAUUCCCUAUUGAUUUAUGUAUCAAGAGAAAUUAUUCCUUAUAGCAAUUAAAACUUGAUCAAUAUGAAAAUUAGCUCCUCGACGCUCAACUUCGCCUGUCUACAGCUGUUUGCCAACCAGCUUCGUUAAUAUUUCAAAACAUUUUCAAUAGCCGCGUAUCGCUUUUUGUCGAUCGAUGUGCCGGCACCACAUGUCGAACGAAUGAAGCAAACUCUUUAUCGUCUUCUGAAUUACGAUUUCGAAGAGUUUCUACACUUGUUGCAUGCAACAUUCUGCACAGUCAGGCGUAGUCCUAAGUUUUUUUUUUGAGAUUAUAACCUCGGGGAUCAAUGAAGCUUGGUUUAGAGUCAAUGAUUUGUUUUGUUGUCCUCCUCGCACAUGUUCUUCAAGUCGCUCUUGCUAUUCAUUGCUUCAAGUGCCAUUCCGAAAUGUCAUGGUCGGACUGUGAUCUUGAUCUGAACGUAAAGCCCGAUCGAGACUGCCCAGAAGAUAAAAUCCGAUGUAUGGCUGUGAUGGAAAGGGAGUCUCCGAGAGAAAAAAUGGUUUACAAGAAAGAUUGUGCUCACCGUCUCUUCAAUCCGUGUCAUGAAAGACGUGUAGAAGAUUGUAGGUCCACUUUAUGUGAUAGCGACCUGUGUAACUUUGCUCUCACGCCAGAGGCCACCCUCAUUGCUUCUGGCUUCCGCUGCUUCCGUUGUAAAAGCACAAAAUCUUGGGACGACUGCGUUGAAAAGGCUGAAGAGAUCUUCUGUAAUACAGGCUACAGAAAAUGUUACAAACUGGAGUUCAGGAAGAAAGAAGGAACGGAAUAUAUAAAAGAUUGCACCGUCCCUCUGGCAUGUGGAAACUCGUCAAUCAACAUGCCUCAAGCCGCUAACCGCACCAUUCAUUGCUGUGGCCAACACCUUUGCAACGGAACGGGUAUUUUGAGCUCUCCUAUGGUAAGAGUUGGUCCUCUUCUCCUUCUCAUUGUGGUAUUCCUUUUUGAUCUAAAAACGAUUCAAUGUUAAUCAGGAUCCCCUUUAACUUCUAAACAGAAGCAAUAGAGAUGUAGAUGUCAUAACGCCUUCUUAGCUAAUCUGGAAGGGGAAGAUAGUUCCCUCCCACAAUAUUGUACCCCUCUCAUAUUGAUAGCUACGCCGGAAGACUUUGUCAAAGCGUAAUUUUCAAUGUAGAGUUCAACAUUUUACACUCCUACGGCGCUUAAAAAUCACAAUAGAUUUGAGUUUAGUAAAAACAUUGCUGUAACCGGAAAUCUAAAAGCGGACAUUUCGUCAGCCCACUUUUUAAGUUGACAAAGGUUUAGCGCAGCUUAAAGCGUUAGCUUCCCAAGAUUAUUUUCGGUAGUUCACCUAGCUUCCUCAAUUUCUAGUCGAUGAUCGACUAAUCUCGCAGUCGAAAAAAAUACCAGCAUCAAAGAAGCUAUAAUUAACUAAAAUCAUCGCACCUCCUGAGAGCGGACUUCGUUCUUUGAUUGGAUAUUUCUCAGAAGAUAAAACAGUGUUAUAAUCAUUUGUUUAUUUCGAAGGAGUUUGUUUUUAGUGAUCAAGCAACAACAGUGUAUUGUUAGACAGUUAUCCGCGUCUUUUGGUUCGUAAAUGAAACUCAUUGCAUGUUUUUUUUAUUAAACAGUUAAUCGGCAGGAAGUUAUUGUCAGCGAUUUUGAAACUAAGCCACAACCUGUAAAUUCAAAUAAAGACCCAUUUCUGGAAUCUUCA